CUCGGACCUGAACGGGUCAUUCGCAGUGAACGGAUCGAGCACAGCUGCACUUCUCUCGCGCUGCUGAUAUAUCAUCACAUUCCAUUAUCAACAGAUUUUCUGCAACAGGCUGCAAGUGAAUAAAACACCCACUGCAGGACAGAGGUUUGCCAUGAAGGCGGUGUGUGUGAUGAUCCUCUUGGCCUGUCUGUCACCCCUGAUGCGGUGUCAGAGUGUGCCAGCUGAGGGUGACCUGUCUCUGGAUGAGCUCUUCCAGCGCGCGGAGAGUCUGCUCAUCCGCUCCAUUCUCACACACAUGCAGGACAAUGAAAACAAUGACAACGGAGAACAGUUGCUGUCCCAGCCGGAGUGGAUGGAGAAGAGACAACACCCGGGCAAGCGACAACAUCCCGGGAAACGCGAGGACGCGGACUAUGAAGACGACGCGUCCCUCCAGAAGAGACAGCAUCCCGGGAAACGCGAGGAGGAAGAGAGCAUGAGAAUUAGACGACAGCAUCCCGGAAAACGCCUGUCUCUGGAGCAGAUGAUGGAAAACCCGACCGCCCAGAGCGUCCUAUCCAAACGGCAGCACCCGGGGAAACGGUACCCGAUGCUGCUCCAGAAACGACAGCAUCCCGGCAGGCGCGAACUCUACGAGAGCGAGCGGACACCGGGAGACCUGUUGGACCUGGAAAAACGUCAGCAUCCCGGGAAGAGACUGUGUGAGGACUGGGAUAUGGAUGGUUGCGAUCAAACCAGCAUCCUACUUCAGCUUCUGGACAACGGCACCAAAAGUCGCACGGAGGAGAAGAGACAACAUCCCGGGAAACGGUUUGAGUUGGAGGACGAUAUCACGGAACGGGAAUAACUGAAAUAAGUGUACUGAAAUGAGGCGUCUAAACGGAUAAAUCACGUUCAUUGUUUUUCCGCAGCAUCAUACUAUAGAUGGGACACGCAUCUGUCUCCAUACAGCGUGUGUUUUAUUGGUCGCUUUCAGGUGUCUUAUACAUUUCGUCAAAGCAAGAGAGUAUUAUCAAAACAGUCUCACAAUCUGAGUGUGUCGUUGAAUUGCUGCGGCGCAGGAGUCCACCGAACGCACGCGUUCAGAUAUGUUGCACAUUUCACUUAUUCCCUAUUCCCAACACAAUUUUGCUGUUCAAACAAAAUAUUCCUUAGCUGGCCCAGAUAGAUCCAUUAGGUUCAUAUUUCUACGUGAAUUGCGAAGGUGUUUCUAUGCGUAAUUGCGCAACGAACGAGCACGUUAUAAUGAUGCACAUUUCCGUUAUGAGUCCCGGGUUUUAUUCCCUACACAAC